AUGGCAUCAUUGAAUAAACAAACUUCAAAGAAAUCUACGCGUGGCGAGAAGCCGAAUGUAAAAUUUGCGAGGCGAACACCAAGUGGAAGAUAUGUUAAUUUGUCAAAUACUGACAUUGAUAUGGCUUCAAAUGCAUCAGGAGAUUAUAAGAAUUACACUGUUCAUAUUCCUCAUACCCCUGAUAACCAACCAAUGGAUGAUUCUUCUGCUGCAACAAAAGCUGAAGAACAACAUGUUUCGAAUUCUUUAUUUACCGGUGGAUUCGAUAGUGUAACCAGAGCUCAUCUUAUGGACAAAGUAAUUGAUUCUCAAGUGAGCCAUCCUCAAAUGGCAGGGGCUAAAGUAUCUUCCUGUUCAAUUUGUAAUGGAAAAGUUGCGAAGAAUGAGAGAGGAAACGACGUGACUCCAUGUGAGUGUAGGUUCAAGAUUUGUAAAGAUUGUUUUAUAGAUGCACAAAGAGAAGACGGCAUGUGUCCCGGUUGUAAGGAGCAUUACAAAGUAAGAGAAUAUGAAGAUGAUAGUAAUGAUUAUUUAUUACCGGCGCCACCAGGUUUCAGAAACAAUAUGUCAGUUAUGAAGAGAAAACAAAAUGGAGAGUUUGAUCACAAUAAAUGGUUGUUUGAGACCCAAGGUACCUAUGGAGUUGGAAAUGCUUAUUGGCCUCCAGAUGAUGAUGAGGAUGUUGACUAUGGUCAUCAUGAAGGGAUAUUUGAUGCUGCUGAGAAGCCUUGGAAGCCUUUGUGCAGAAAAACACCAAUUCCAAAUGGCAUCAUAAGUCCAUACAGGUUGCUUAUUUUUGUUCGCUUAGUAGUGAUGUUCUUCUUCUUGCAUUGGAGAGUGGUUCACCCAAAUGAAGAUGCAAUAUGGUUGUGGCUCAUGUCAAUUACUUGUGAGAUAUGGUUUGGCUUCUCAUGGAUACUUGACCAAAUUCCAAAACUUUCCCCUGUCAAUCGUUCCACUGACCUCAAUGUCCUUCAUGAGAAAUUCGAUAGUCCAUCACCAUCCAAUCCCACGGGAAGAUCUGAUCUGCCCGGUGUUGAUCUUUUUGUGUCCACAGCUGAUCCGGAUAAAGAGCCACCUCUUGUAACUGCCAAUACUAUUCUUUCCAUACUAGCAGUUGAUUACCCUGUGGAGAAGCUUGCUUGUUAUGUUUCAGAUGAUGGAGGUGCUCUCUUGACUUUUGAAGCAAUGGCUGAGGCAGCGAGUUUCGCUGAUUUAUGGGUUCCCUUUUGUCGCAAACACAAUAUUGAGCCGAGGAAUCCUGAUACUUACUUUUCCUUAAAAAUUGAUCCCACCAAGAACAAGAGUAGAUUGGAUUUCGUAAAGGAUAGAAGAAGGGUGAAAAGGGAGUACGAUGAGUUCAAAGUGCGCAUAAAUGGCCUGCCAGACUCUAUUAGGAGAAGAUCUGAUGCAUUUAAUGCGAGAGAGGAAAUGAAGAUGAUGAAGCAUAUGAAGGAGAGUGGGGCUGACCCUUCUGAACCUCUUAAAGUAGUCAAGGCCAUUUGGAUGGCUGAUGGCACUCAUUGGCCUGGCACUUGGAGUCCUUCUUCUAGAGAACAUGCUAAAGGUGACCAUGCCGGAAUACUUCAGGUGAUGCUGAAGCCACCCAAUCCUGAUUCGUUAAUGGGAAGUGAAGAUGACAAGAUCAUAGAUUUCACUGAAGUGGACACACGCUUGCCGAUGUUAGUAUAUGUAUCUCGAGAGAAAAGGCCAGGUUAUGAUCACAACAAGAAAGCUGGUGCCAUGAAUGCACUAGUUCGAGCAUCUGCAAUAUUGUCAAACGGACCAUUCAUUCUCAAUCUUGAUUGUGAUCACUAUAUAAAUAAUUGUAAGGCGGUACGUGAAGGAAUGUGCUUCAUGAUGGACAGAGGUGGUGAAGACAUAUGUUAUAUCCAGUUCCCCCAAAGAUUUGAAGGCAUUGAUCCCUCAGAUCGUUAUGCCAAUCACAACACUGUAUUCUUUGAUGGAAACAUGAGAGCCCUUGAUGGUAUUCAAGGACCUGUCUAUGUUGGAACUGGCUGCAUGUUCAGGAGAUUUGCACUGUACGGCUUUGACCCGCCAUCGGGUGAUUGGGAUGAGAAAAAUCCUAAACAUAAUUGUAAUGAAGAGUACUGUGAAACUACACCGGCCUUGAGUGCCAGUGAGUUUGAUCAAGAUCUUGAUGUAAAUCUGCUGCCCAAGCGCUUUGGUAAUUCAACCAUGUUGGCUGAGAGCAUACCCGUCGCUGAGUUCCAAGGUCGCCCUCUUGCAGAUCAUCCUGCCAUCAAGUAUGGACGUCCGCCGGGUAAACUAAGGGCCCCUAAAGAGCCGCUUGAUGCUCCUAUUGUAGCAGAAGCUGUCUCUGUGCUUUCUUGUUGGUAUGAAGACAAGACAGAAUGGGGAGAUAGAGUGGGAUGGAUUUAUGGGUCAGUGACAGAGGAUGUGGUUACAGGAUACCGUAUGCACAAUCGUGGGUGGCGUUCUGUAUAUUGUAUAACCAAGCGAGACGCAUUUCGUGGAUCGGCACCAAUUAACCUCACCGAUCGAUUGCAUCAGGUUCUGAGGUGGGCCACCGGUUCUGUUGAGAUUUUCUUCUCCAAGAACAAUGCAUUCCUCGGCAGUAAGCGCCUAAAACUUUUACAACGUCUCGCUUACCUAAAUGUUGGAAUCUACCCCUUUACUUCCCUCUUCCUCAUCGUGUAUUGCUUCCUCCCAGCACUCUCACUGUUCUCUGGAUAUUUUAUUGUGCAAACUCUCAGCAUCGCCUUCUUAAUCUACUUGCUCAUCAUGACGUUGUGCCUGGUGAUGCUAGCCAUUCUCGAGGUUAAGUGGUCUGGCAUAGAGUUAGAGCAGUGGUGGAGGAACGAACAAUUUUGGCUCAUUUCUGGCACUAGUGCUCACUUGGCUGCUGUGGUGCAGGGUCUCCUAAAAGUGGUUGCUGGAAUUGAGAUUUCUUUUACUUUGACAGCUAAAUCAGGAGCAGAAGACGAUGAAGAUAUUUUUGCAGAUUUGUAUAUAGUCAAAUGGACCUCUCUAAUGAUACCGCCCAUAGUUAUCGCUAUGGUAAAUAUCAUUGCCAUUGUAGUUGCCUUUUCUAGGACAGUUUAUAGCGCAAACCCACAAUGGAGUAAGUUCAUAGGAGGAGCAUUCUUUAGUUUUUGGGUUCUUGCUCAUUUGUAUCCAUUUGCGAAAGGAUUGAUGGGAAGAAGAGGGAAGACUCCCACCAUUGUGUAUGUGUGGUCAGGUCUUAUUGCGAUUACACUUUCUUUGCUUUGGGUUGCGAUUAGCCCACCAACAGGUGGUGGGGAUGACCCAAAUACUACGGAUAACUUCAAAUUUCCAUGA